CCAGACAGCCAAAAUCCUUCCCCAUUCGGCACUGUAAGAAAGAGAGAGGCACCACCGUGGACCGCGCCACUCCACCAUCUCCACCGGCAGCCGCAACCCAACACCUCCUCCACCAGUCGGAACCACCUCCAUCGCCACCUCCAUCGCCGUACAUUCUCUCACCACCGGAGCAGUCAUCACCACCGGCUAUCACCACCACAGGAGCCAUCUCCACUGCCGUACACUACCACCUUUCGACCGAGCCGCCGCCGAUCCGACCCGUCCUGAAAUCUCUCCGAAAACUAUUUCGCCGGACGAGAGGUUCUGAAAUUGCUCAAGUGUUCAUUAGCAUCAAGGACGCCUUUUUCUGACUCCAUAUUGGAACAUCCCUUCAGUAAGACAAAGCCCAUGAUUAAUUAUGGACAGUAUGGACCGAGGAUGAUGAAUCUAUCUCAAAGAGACGUGGACACAAGCAAUAAGGAUGAAAAAGAUAAACUUGAAGCUUAUCAUAAACAGAUCGAAGAAUAGGGCGCUGUAUGCAGAAGUUGAAGAGAAUUUUGUGAAUCUCCUAUACAGUUUCUUCUCAUUUCCAAUUGGUUAUAUCUUUAAGAAAUUUCCUUAUUUGUCCUUCAAGGGAUGCCUGGGCAAUUUAUACAAGAGUGUCCAAGAUUUUGAUGUCAACAAGUUCUACAAAUCAGAGGAGAUGAAGUCAAUUCUACUCGAUCCAAAACUAGCCCCUGGUACCUCAUAUGACAACAAACUAAUUGGUAUUGAAGUUGGAAACCUGUCAUGGUCGACUCUUUCUUCCCUAUUCAAAAUUGAAUGCAUUCAUUUGAGUUCAGAGUCCCCUCCGCAGGAAGUUAAAAUUGGUGGCAGACUAGUGAAAGGACCGUCUAUGUUCAUGGUGACGGAUAGUUUAUCGAUAGAACCUUUAUCUCCUAUCUCAGGCAUAUCUCUUAUCAACCGAUUAAAGGUACCUCUCAGCGACAUUCAGGAAUUGGAGGUGAAUAUGGGUGAGGAGGAGACUUUGCGUCUCUUGGUGGCUUCGUUGGUGUCGAGAUCUGCAUUGACUGAUGCUUUUGUGCCCAAGGAGACGAAGCAAGAAACCUGAGGUAAAACAGCGUUGUCUGAUUGUCUCUAUGCCAGCAGAGAGGAAGAAACUCUGGUGUUUGCCUAUAAGCCUAUGUUCUAGUGCAACAAUGCAAACUUGCUUUAUUAGCAUUGAUAUUCUAAUCCGCAGCUGAUGUAAGACCUAUUUGUAUUCUUUGCUUUCCUUUUUUGUUUUUUUUUUUGUUUUUGGUUUUGUGAGACCCUUUUGUGUGGUUUUGUCUAAUUUGGAGAGACUAUUGUGUGGCAAUGGUGUUAGGGUAUGGUCUGAA